UGCUGUUAUUGUUUUGGCAAAUUUAUGACAAUUCAACUUCUUCUUCCUACAAAAUUAAUCAAAAUAAUAUCGGUGACUUUCUGCCUCCAUCCUCCCCUUUUUCUUCCUUCACCCUUCUUCUUCACAGUGACCUUCCUCCACCCUUCUUCAUCUUUAUUCGAUCUUCUCUAACCAGAGGAGUUCUCCUUCACCAUGGGUACCUUGGAAGAUUUGUCUCCAUUCAGAUUUCUGAAAACAAGCCGAUGGAGAUCCGCCAGACAUGUAGAAGGAGACGUGUAUUCCAUUUGGGUAAGCGAAUCUGGGUGCGAAUGGCAUGUUGUGGUUGAAUUUCAACUUAAUUUCGCUAACCUGGUUCUUCCCAUCAUCUUGGAUUCACUUCUCCACUAUGUUCAGGGGUGGCAUGGUAUUAAUUUUCCAAGAAAGAAGUCUAGCAAGCUUACUACUAUAGGAAGGAGGAAACUACAUACAAAUUGCAUAAUGCAUGCUGUCACUUACCAUAAGAUGAUCUACUUCUGAAGUUCUCAUCGUAUGUCCAGUAACCCACGUCCUAUAAGCAACGUUCCCUUGCCGUUUAGAGAAGCUGGAAAAGAUAGAAAACGGGAUGCGAAUAAUGGUGUAAAUAACCAACAAACCAUUCCAAGGUUGCCUACGUUGUUGUUCAACCUCAUGAUCAUCAUAUAUUAUGGCGCCUAUCCCAUUGCCAAACAUAGUCUCAUAUGCAACCUUUGGACUCUUCCUUUUGGUAAGAAUGUGCUCCCUCAACCCCUUGAUUCUUUUAUCUUGCCUGUUGAAUGAAGGAUGCCAAAGUACCUGGAAAAUUAACUCCAGUCAAUUGUCGGUCUACCGUAAGGGGGUUUAUAAUUCAACGUUGUGGGACGUCGUAGUAGCCCAAUGCAGACUUGUAUGUAUUAUCUUGUCAGCAAUUUGGAGAUUGAAGUUGGAGAUUUCUGAUUCCAUGAAUACCUUUUCAACUGGAAAUAUUGCCCAGCGGUAUAGUGUAAGGAUGUAAAUAUCAACACUUAAAAAGUUUUGAUGGCAGUGUUUUAAGAAAUACUUAUGUUUGCUUACAUAGGUUUAUAAACAGUUCAUUGUUGAGGCUUUACCUAUUUUGUUGAUGAUUAUGGAACUUUGCAUUUGCUUAACAAAAA